AUGGACUUCUUGCAGACAGACAUACCCUCCGUGCAGGACCUCGUGCAUUCGGGUGAACCAUUUGUCCCCUUUUCCGAGUUCUCGGCCCAGACUCUCCAGGCUCAACCAGACGAAGACACCUCUCGUUGGAUUGAAAACAAGAUCCGUGAUGGAAAGCCCUUUGUUAUACGUGGAUUUACACAAACAAUUCGGUGGCAGAGGGCCAGCCUGAACAAUGAAAGUCUAGUUCGGCUUUCUUCAUCGGGAGUAAUCCCAGUGAGGAACUGCCAGACAGGAAGAGAUAUUAAAAUGCGACUACGGGAUCUUCUUUCGUAUUCAGAUGAUGCCCGUACGGGCAGCGUUCGGGAAUUCCUCUAUGCGAAGGAUUUGCACUGUCCGCGGGAAUGGGUGAAUUCCUUUGAAAGCCUUUUACCGUCGUCGUUGAGGCAUCUUGGUUCACUUGACCUGUUCCGAGUACUGCCAAAAGAGACAACACCGGAAGUACUGAUGGCCUACGUUGGGUCACGAAAAUCCUUCUCUGGGUUUCACAGAUGUUUCAGUGCGACUGUAGCGCUCAAUCUUAUAAUCGAAUCGGAUGGUGAUGGACCUGGCUCCAUAUGUUUUGGAACAGACAGGGAAUCGCAACUCAGAUAUGAUACAUUCAUGAAUGCACAGGGAAAAUCCGCUCACACUGACUGGGUCAACAUAUCCAUUGACAAGUUAAAAUCGGCUGACUUCCCAAUCUAUGUCACCGACCAAAGGCCUGGCGACCUUGUGGUCUUCCCUACCGCCACUGCCCACCAGAUUUGGAAUGUCAGCCCUAUGGUUAGCAAGGUAGUCUGGAAUAUAAUGCAUGCUAGCUCGGUGGCAACUUUCUUUGACUACGUGCAGCCUGUUUACCAGAGACAAUGCCAUGCAGACACCGGUCGAGUUCCUUUGAUUCCAAUGUAUGCACUACAAAGCGGCGCAUGCGGAAGAGAAGAGGAAACCCUCCUUCUAGAUGUUCUUCACAAACAAGUCGAUGAUGAAGAUACCAGACGAGAAUCUGCACUACCAAUAAAGACAAUUGAUACUCAAGGUGCUGUUGUCGAAUGCAACUUUUGCGGGCUCACAAUAUGGAAUCGCCAUCUACAUUGUGAAAAAUGCGGCGACUUUGACUUAUGUUUAAGGUGCUUCAUUUCCGGAAGAAGCUGUAAACAUAUUGCCGACUACACCUGGGCAGAAAUACUGCCGCGCGGACGAUGUCAAGACAUUAUUCAAGCGGCAAGAAGCAGAACCGGUGUUGAAGUUUCUCACAUUUCAACAGCUUCAAAGCAAAUAUCGCUCGGUGCUGUAGCUGUUGCUGCAAUGGAAGCUCGACGGCAAUUAACCGAACGACUUUGCCAUCUAUGUCGUGAUAGCCACCCUGCAUGGAAAGGCAUAAUAUGCAACCAGUGCUCCGCCUUCUUCUGCUUUCGAGGUCUUCAUCGCCAUUUUGACGUUGUUCUGACUUCGUUCUUAAGGAAUGGCGACUCCUGGCAUUGUCCGAAAUGCGAGUGCAUCUGUAAUUGUCGUUGUUGCCAUUUCCAUCAACCAUAUCAGAGCAGAGACAAGCCGGUACAAGCGCGGAUUAAACCAAUCGACACUCGAGGACGCAUCCUCGGGUUUGUGGAUAAUGUAUUCGAUCAAAAACGGGGGAAAAGAGCAAGUCUUGCCGUAACAAGUGCUUCACCGAAUCAAGGUCUAUCUCCCCGAGGGGUGAAACGAUCUCUCCCACAUACAAAUGAAGGAGAGCCGGGAAGUUCAUGGCAGCACAGGGACUCUUUUGCGGUUGUAAGCGCUGGAUCACAUGGGACACCGAGUCUGGACACGUCCAAUGUGUCUCCAGUAACCAUGGCUACGCCUAGUAGAAAUGACAUGGGCCAGACUCCCUCUCGAGUAUUCGACCCUCUGGGCCCAUUUCGCAGGGAGAAUCAGAGCCAGGCCGGGUCGCCGUUUUCAGACAUCCAGCAGUCUUCCCGUUCGUCUGAGACACAUCCAGGACACUAUCCUCAUCUUCCCCCACCAACCUCCUUCACCAGCGUGCUAGAAACGCCCGUGUCUAGUGGUCCAGCCGAGCGAGUUGAUCCCAAGGGUGAUGCUACGGACGAAGAAAACAUCCAUGACUUGGGGAGCAAACUCGAAGCCCUUCGUGGAUACGCAAACGACAUUCUUGAGCUUUCCUUGGUAGAGUCUCAUGCGAAGAUUCUGGAUCGAAUCUCGCAGCUUGAAACUGAGAUUGAGAAACGGAAGCGACGGAAAACCGAACUACUCUUGAGUAGAUUGGAUCGCGACUUUCCCGAUCUAGCGGAUCUUGCAAGGGAAGAAGCGCGACGCCGGGGCGUUUAA